AUGGUGAUUGGAACUUCAGGAAGAGUCAGGAUGCAGACUCCUAAAUUAUUACCUAAAUCCUUUUUUGGAUUUUUACCAUUGUAUAUUGGUGUUGAGACCGUCUUGGGGAUUACUAUUUUUAAUAAAUGUAGUGGGAUAUAUGGUAUAUUGGCUUUAUUCACAGGGCAUCCUUUAACAGCUAUCCAAUGGGUGUCAUACCUAUGGUCUUCCUUUACAUUACUAAUAUAUGCACAAGGUUUAUUUCAAGUUCAUCAUCCAAAUUUGUUGACCUAUUGUCAAAUUUUAAUCACUUACUCAUUUGACACUAUUUGCACAUGUUUUUUCACGAUUUAUUUUUGUUCACAUUGGUUCACUGAAGAAUCAAAUGCAGGUGAUAAUAUAAACUCGUCAACAACCGUAGAUAAAUAUAAUCAAGGCGCAUCUGAAUCUAAAGAGUUUUUCUGGACCAUGACUUUAACUUUGAUUGCAUUAGUCUCAAGAUUUUAUUUUAAUUUUAUUUUAGCAUCUUUCACUCAACAAUUAUUUUUACAUCCUAAAUACAUGAUCGAUCAAGACGACGUUGAACAAGACUUAAAAAACAAAUCAAUAAUCGUACAAUGGUGGAUUAAAAGCAAAAAACGUUGUUACUACACAAGUAAACGUUUCCUAGCUUAG